UGAAUGAAUUUUUUGUUGUUUCAGAUUUUAUAUUCGUGGAAUGUUGCUAAUUUUAUAUCUCUAAGAAUGUCAUCUCAAGAUGGAGGUUUUGCAGAGCUACUGCAAUAUCAGUUAAAAGGUUUACAGGAGAAAAAUGUGAAAAUUGAAUGGGACCAACAUUUGCAAAAAUCGUUGAAUACCCAUAAAUCAUGUUACAUUGAAAAUACUAAAAUUGUUGCUAAUAUAGAAAAUGGAUUAAACGAUUUAUCUGUUCUUCAUCAAAACACCACUGACAAUCUGAAGCAGCUGAAUAGCUUGUCAGAAAAUUCAAAUGCUUCAAAAGAAAAAUGUGAAGCAUUGAGGCUAGAAAACAAGAAACUAACUGAAGAAAUUGAAGAAAAAAGGCAAGAAUUUCAGAAAGUGAAGGAACAACUUGAAGACCAAAGAAAACAAAUUGAGGAGAAGAAUGUCGUCAUUAAUGCAAGAACGGAAUUGUAUAAGAGGCUUCUUGGUCUUGAGAUACGUGUGUUGAAGAAUAAUCGAAUGCAAUUUGUGUUCAAAUGUUCUGGCAAAGCAGAUUGCUACAUCAUUAUUAGUCUCAUUGACAGAGUUUACGGAGUCCUAGAAAGUUACCCAUUGUUGGAAAAUCUCAAAUCUAUGGAAGAUGAUUUAAACAAAACUAAUAAUCUAGCCGGAUUCAUACAAUACAGUAGAAUGAUGCUGCAGAAACAGUUGGAAAACUCUACAUGAAUAAAUGUGCUUUUUCUAUUUCAUCGACUGCUUCAGUAAAUGAAUGUUGCUAUUCACUCACAUCAAUUACUGGUGUACAUCUGCUCUUCCACAAUAAUUUGAUUGCUUCAAACUGCUUGGCAUACUGUAUUUUACUGCUUAAUAGUAAUUGGGUAUACUUUAUUGUGUUGCGUUUUACACUUUUUUAAUUUAACAGAAAAAAGGAUGCUGCUGAAGAAAAUUUUUUGCUUCUGUUGUUACGAUAAAACAAUUUAAUGAUUUUGUCAGAUUAUCUUUUAUUUUUUUGUGUUUAACAUUUUAAUUGUAUAGUUUUAUUAUCGCAUGUUAUUUGAUUUCAUUUUUAAUUCACACUUCCCCUAUAAGAAAUAUCAAAUUUUAUGGUUGUAACUUGUAAGUGUGAAUAUUAACAUUAUUGACCACUACUAAGUGCUAUCGUGUAUAUUUAAAAUCUAAACAUUUAGAAAGCAGGUGCUGGCUUGAAUCCAUGAGAAGUACCUUUUGACAAAUAUGUGCUGUUUGCGAAUUAUGGCUUAUACAUAUAUAAAUAAAUCGCCGGAAAAAGACCAAAAGUUGAAUUACCAAAGACUGUCAGGAUUUGGUAGAAAAUAGAAUUGUAGAGAACUGUAUUUGUUAUUAUUAUUAUUGAACAAACCAUAACCAUUGUAUUUGUGAUAGUGAAUUUGUUUUUGUAAUUGUGAUCACAUUUUGUUUCUAAACUGCAAAUUUCCGAUGUCAAUACACCCCAACACUGCCCCCAUUGUCUUGUUUUCUCAUUGCUCACGUCAUUUUUACCCACUUGUUUUAUCUUUGUAG